GUUAAGUUAUCGAUUUGGGAGUCACUGAUGGAGCGGUAUAUUCAGAGCAUUGAGUUUGUGAGCCAAGAUAUGAAAGAGUCGAAACUGAAACUAAGUCGGGAUCAAGUGUUCCGCAAGACUGGAGAGUUGUUUGAUCUGAAACACCGAAUCAACUUAAGCUCUGAUCUGUUGGAUACGCCGGACUUCUAUUGGGACCGACAAGAACUCGAGCGUCUAUUUGUGGACACAAUCUAUUUCUUGAAUAUUAAGAAACGGACAAAUGUUUUGAACGAAAAGCUCAAUCAUUGCAUAGAAUUAAUGGAGUUAUUGUCCAAUAAUCUGAAUCAUAGCCACAGCGCAAAGCUUGAGUGGAUGAUCAUCGUUCUCAUCGUGGUUGAGGUUGUGUUCGAAGCAAUACAUUAUGCU